CUACCAUUAAGUGCAAAAUUAAUAGCUAGAGAGAAUCCUGUCUUCUGGUAGAAAAUAAUUUUAAUCUACUAAGGAUCAAUCUAUCACAUGGAUGGAUCUUGGAAGCACCACUACUUCUUCACUUGCUCAAAAAACACUCCAUUUCCGCAUUCCAACACUCAGUGUCUGUGAGCAUCAACAACAACAACACCAAGAAGAAGAAAACACAAACAAGUGUUGUUGUUGGAUUCAAAUUCCAUAGUAACAGAUUCGAUUUGGUUUGGUGUUUUUGACUUUUGUUCCAUUCAUUCACAGACAGACACAUCCAAAACAAAUCAAUGAGGAUCGAUAAUUUCAACCACAAAAGCUUCCUCCUCAAGUUGCUUCUUACCGUCUUCUUCUUCGGCCUCGCUUUCCGACUCUUCUUCUUCCAUUCCCUCCCCUCUCUCAUUUCUCCACUUCUCGAAACCCCAUUUCCCGAGAAAGAUGCCAUACCCGAAAAUCCACCUCAAACUUCGUCUUCUUCAGAACCAGUUCCCCAAUUGACACCUGCUCCAGUUCCUAUUCAUAUUCCUGAAGAUGAGGAAGAUCAAGUGGCUCCAACAGAAACAGGGAAAUGUGAUUAUUUCAUUGGGGAUUGGGUUCCAAACCCGCUGGGUCCGGCUUAUACUAAUGAAAGCUGCAAUCUCAUUGAGUCUCAUCAAAAUUGCAUGACUAAUGGGAGGCCCGACAGGGAGUUUUUGAAUUGGAGGUGGGUUCCGAGAGACUGCGAUUUGCCUCAGUUUGAUCCGUGGAGGUUUCUUCGCAUGAUGCGUAAUAAGGCGUGGGCACUCAUUGGUGAUUCCAUAUCGCGCAACCAUGUUCAGUCCUUGCUCUGCAUGCUUGCAAAGGUGGAACAACCUGCUUUAGUCUACCAUGAUGAGGAAUACAAGUCCCGAAGCUGGCACUUUCCGUUAUCCAACUUAACUAUAUCGGUUAUUUGGUCACCAUUCCUUAUGGAAGCUGCUAUUUUUGAAGACAUUAAUGGUGUUUCAAGUUCUGAAAUUCAGUUAUAUCUUGACAAGCUAGACAGUAAAUGGACGAAUCAGUACUUGAACUUUGAUUACAUUAUUAUUUCAACUGGGAAAUGGUUUGUCAAGUCUGCAAUCUACUAUGAAAAUGACACUAUAUUGGGCUGCCAUGGCUGUUCUAACAAGAACUUGACAGAUCUGGGGUUUGACUUUGCUUAUCGCAAAACCUUGAGAUUUGUCAUGAACUCCAUAUUGUCUUCCAACCACAAAGGUUUGAUUUUUUUCAGGACAUCCACACCUGACCAUUUUGAAAAUGGGGAGUGGUUUAGUGGGGGAACUUGCAAUAGAACAGCACCAAUUAAAGAAGGUGAGAUGGAAAUGAAGGAUUUGAGCCGGAUUCUUCGCGAGGUUGAGUUAGAGGAGUUUGGAAAUACAACUUCUGAAGCUUCAAGAUAUGGAGUGAAUGUCAAAAUUCUUGAUUUUGCACCACUUAUGCUUUUGAGACCAGAUGGGCAUCCUGGUCCAUACAGGCAAUUUCAUCCAUUUGCAGAGGGGCCAAAUGCUAAAGCUCAAAGGGAUUGUCUGCACUGGUGCUUACCUGGGCCAAUAGACUCUUGGAAUGACAUAAUAAUGGAGAUGAUUGUCAAUGGAUAAGAAAUUUAGUUAAAUACCCCUUACAGUAUGGGGGUGAAUUGUUACUCUGUAUACUAUACUAUGAUUCUUAAUAUGCACACAGAAGUAUGAUGAAGAUUGGAGGCAAACAAAUUGAAUGUAGCAGAACACUUUUGAUAUUCAGAAUUGAAAGUGGAUGGGCAUAACAAUCUUAUUUUUUUUCCCACCCUUUAAGGGCCAUCUGAGGUUAUUUAAAGCAAUUUUCCUAUCUUGUGUGUUC